GCAAAGCUGAAGCUGUAAAUGCGCGAAUUAACUGAGGUCACGUUUUUUGUCAAUUUUCAAAUUCCAAUUUCGAACUUUCUCGUCUCUACAGUCCAACUUAUUCUUUAACUCAUAUCAAAGUUGAAUACCUUGUAAUUUAUAUUUCUUUUUCGUCACCAAGUAAAUAAAUAUGGUGGAUUUAUAGUUUUCAUAAAGCUAAAAGGCCUUUGGGUUAAUGUACAAAAAUGUCUGCUAUUUUGAAAAACGAUAGUUUCUCUAGCAAUGGAAGUUCUGGGGAGAAGAAAGUUACUACCGACGUAGAUUCGGCAACAACAACACUUCGCAAAACACAGUGUGUCUUUAAAAGAAAAAGUAUUCCAUUAAAAAUUACCAGCAAGUUUCCUGUAAAACGGCGCAGGAUCCUAGGGUAUAAAGGUGAAAAUAAAAAUAAUAAAAAAACAAAAAUUGUCAAAGUUUCCCACUCAACUAUAAAGAAAAAUGUGAAAAAAAAUAAUAAUCUUCCUAAGAAAAUCAUUAAAGAAUGUACAAUGUGUACUCAAUAUUUAGACAAUUCAGAUAUUAUUUACUAUCAAGGCCAUCCUCAGAAUGCAGUAGAAGAGUCUAUAGCAUUGACUAAUGAAAAUUUUAUUUUAGCUUCUGAUAAAAGGGAGAAACCACAAACAAAUAUCACUGGAUUUUCAAUAUAUGAUGAGCAUGGCCACCUAUGUCCAAUUGAUGCAGGGCUAGUACAAAGUGAUGUUCAAAUUCUUAUGUCUGGAUAUCUUAAGUCCAUUUGCUCUGACUCUUCUGAAAUUGAUGAAGAAUCACUUCCAGUUAAAGAUGUUGGGCCAAUCUUACAAUGGUGUAUUCGCAGUUUUGAUGGAAACAAGAACUGCAUCACCUUAUCUACUAAAUCUGGCGAAUUUAAUCUAAUUAAGCCGAGUCCAGAAUACACACCUCUCAUGAAUAACAUGUAUGAAAGAAUAUGGCUCACUAAAGUUGUAGUAGAUUACAUACAAGAAUAUUUUUAUCUAUACCCAAACUAUAAAGAUUUAUUGAAAAUACUCAGAGGACAUACAAUUCCCUAUUUAGAUAACAAAAAAAUUACCGAAGAAAUGCUCCAUAAACAUGCUCAGUUUGUUUGUGAUCAAGUCGCAAGUCUGAAGCCAAAAAAAGACGUAGAACCCUGGAUAACAUUGCCCUGUAUGAGAGAACUCGUUAAACUAAUUGGAAAUAAAUUUGAUAAGACAGAAUCCUGCACUAAAAUUUCAUACAAAAAAGUCGAUAAAAAGGCGACUAAAGCGACUACUACUCCUCUUGUACAAAAAACUUUCGAAAGUUUAUUUACUGAUCAAUUAGAUAAGACAAAUGGUAAACGUAUCUCUAAAAGUAAAAGAUGUGGCGUGUGUGAAGCAUGUCAACUACCAGAUUGUGGACGGUGUAAAACGUGUCGGGCGAUGCCCAAGUUCGGUGGCAACGGCCUCACUAAGAAUGCCUGUGUUAAAAGACUCUGUCCUAACUUGACGGUAAAGCAGAAAAUUUCUGCAAAUUACUCAAAACAUAUUGCAGCAGAUCGUAAACGACAGCGAAUACUCGACGUGAUACAGUUUAUUGAACCAAAGCGGAGAAAAUUCAGCAACAAAAAUAUUAAGUGGAUAGGGGAACCCAUCCAGGUUGAUGCUACAAAAGUCUACUAUGAAAGAGUUAAAGUUGAUGGUAGAGAAUUCACCGUGGGAGAAUUUGUAACGGUAGAAACUGCACAACCAAAUGUUCCUUCAUUAGUUGCCAGAGUGACUUACAUGUGGAAAGAUGUAAGACUUAAUAAUAAAGAAUAUUUUCAUGGUCAAAUUUUCAUUAGAGCAUCUGAAACUGUACUAGGUGAAGUCGGCAAUGCGCGGGAAGUAUUUCUGGGGGAUAGAUGUUAUCACGGUCUCCCAAUUUCAUCUAUUUUAAGAAAAGCAUAUGUCGAAAAACGAGAAACACCGAAAAAUUGGUUUAAAUUUGGAGGAAAAGAAGUAGAUGAAGAAUCGAUUGAAGAUGAUGGUAAAACAUAUUUUUAUCAAAAAUAUUACGAAAUGUUUACUGCACGUUUCGAAGAUCUUCCAGACGACCCAGAAUGUCCAAACGUCUAUAGGAAAUAUAGAUUUUGCCCAUCAUGCGAGCGUACGAUGAGACGCCAGAUUAAAGCCAUUCCCCAGGUGUUCGGAGAAAUUGCAGGGAAGCCGGAAAUAGUUAAUGGAAUUAUCAGAACCAAAUGGACCUAUGUUAAAUGGCGUGACAACGAUUAUAAGAAAGGAUGUGGAGUUUUUCUAAGACCAGGGACGUUUAAGUUUAAAAAUUGUUCCAUCAGUCCAGACAAGAGUAUAGGACAAAAAAAGUAUAAAAUGCAAUACAAGAGUAAAUGGCAAAAGAAGUAUAAAAGGCAAAACAAGAGUAAAGGGAAUAAGAAUUUGAAAAUGAAGAAGAUAAAGGUCGAUGAGGAAAUGUACCCUGAGUAUUACAGGAAGAGCGAUAAUUACUUACGGGGCUCCAACAUCAAUACACGCAAGCCCUUUUGUGUAGGUUACAUCGACGCCGUGACCGCGGCGGGCUACGGACCGCUCGUGCCGCCACACAAAAUCUAUCUGCGGGUCAACAUGCUGUAUAGACCCGAGAACACAACAAGUAAGUUCCCGCAUCAGGAGGAUCUCAAUGUAGUGUACUGGAGCGAUAAGAUAAUAGAAAUUCCCUUCUUGGCCGUUGUGGGACUCUGCAACUUGGUCUACGUAGACAACAUUCCACAGCAGGACAAGAUACACGAAUGGUCGGAGAAGGAUCCCAGCAGAGUGUAUUUCAGACGAAGCUUCGACGAGGUUUCGGGUCGAUUCCGGAAUGUACCUCAACACGCGCUGGACAUAGGUCGCAAAAACGGAGGAAAAGGCAAGGGGAAGGGGAAAGGGAAGUCGAGCAGAACUGUAGAACAGAGCGACGCCGAAAGUCAAGAUGUCAAAGUGAGACCUUUGAUGACUCUGGACUUGUUCGCGGGCUGCGGCGGGCUGUCGGACGGGCUGCACCGCUCCGGUUUAGCCGAGUGCAAGUGGGCUGUCGAGAACUGGGAGGCUGCCGCACACGCCUACUCUCUGAACAAUGAGAACUGCACCGUUUUCGUCGAGGACUGCAACAAGUUGCUUGAGGCGGUUUUGGCCGGCGAUACGCACACUGCGCGUGGCCUGCGGCUUCCGCGGCAGGGUGAAGUCGAAUUAUUGUGCGGUGGCCCACCCUGCCAGGGCUUCUCCGGGAUGAACCGAUUCAACUCGAGGGAGUACUCUAACUUCAAGAACUCACUGGUGGUGUCGUUUCUCUCCUUCUGCGAUUAUUACCGGCCGAAGUACGUCAUACUUGAGAACGUGCGGAACUUUGUCACGUACAAGAAGGGCAUGGUGUUGAAGCUGACGAUGCGGGCUUUGUUGGAUAUGGGGUACCAGUGCAGGUUUGGCGUGCUGCAGGCGGGCAACUACGGGGUGCCGCAGACGCGGCGACGGGUCUUUGUGCUUGCGGCGGCGCCCGGCCUCAGACUGCCGCACUUCCCGGAGCCGACACACGCGUUCAGCCUGCACGCCGCCAGCCGGCUAACAACCACCAUUGACGGGAAGCUCUUCUGGAACGGCCUAAUGUGGGAUUUUUCGGCCCCUCGGCGUACUUGCACGAUCAGGGAUGCGAUGAGCGACCUGCCCCAGAUAGACAACGGGGCCAACGAACUUGAGAUAGAAUAUGCCUCACCACCUAAGUCGUACUUCCAACGCACGGUCCGCAGCGGCAACGACGGCGCCAAGCUGCGGGACCACAUCUGCAAGAACGCAGCGCCGCUGAUACAGGCGCGUAUCGUUCGAAUCCCCAUGACGCCCGGUUCCGACUGGCGGGACCUUCCCAAUAUAACUGUCACGCUCUCGGAUGGAACCAAGUCUCAGGUGCUGCAAUAUCGGUACGACGACAAGAAGCACGGUCGGUCGAGCAGCGGCGCCAUGCGCGGCGUGUGCGCGUGCGCAGCGGGCCGCGCGUGCUCGCGUGCUGAUAAGCAGGAGAACACUCUUAUCCCGUGGUGCCUGCCGCACACAGCCAACCGACACAGCAAUUGGGCCGGCCUCUACGGGCGCCUGGAAUGGGAGGGCUACUUCAGCACGACGGUGACGGACCCCGAGCCGAUGGGCAAGCAAGGCCGCGUGCUUCACCCGGACCAGCACCGCGUGGUAUCGGUGCGCGAAUGCGCGCGCUCGCAAGGCUUCCGCGACACCUUCCUCUUCGCCGGCUCCGUGCAGGACAAACACAGACAGAUUGGAAACGCCGUGCCGCCGCCCCUGGCAGUGGCAUUGGGUCUAGAAAUCAUGAAAGCUUUCUGCCACUCAAUGACUGAGACCCAGCCGCGCCCCUAGUGAUGAUCUUUGCACUAGGUCGGUAAAUCAAGAAAGAUUUCUGCCUCUCAGUGACUGACCCAGCCCUGCCCAGCCCUUGUGUUGACCUUCGUUAUUAAUGUUCCUUUUGCUAUGGGCCUAUGACCGGCAUACAUUUUAAAAUUUUACGAAAGUGAUGUGGCAAUAUGAGACCUCUACAGAUCGAUAGAAUAUACCUAGAUAAAAAAUAUAGAUCAUUUUGUUGCCUACAUCAUGGAAAAAGUUGAUUUUAGUGAUGCUGAACAAUAUCUUAAUAAGCCAGAGGUUGCUUUUUAUGAGGCUUAUUAAAUUGCUUAGUAUCUUCUAUCUAUAUUCUAUUUAUAUUUAUAAAAGUGUCAACGUGCGAUAGUAUUUUCGAUAAAAAGAAUCAAUGUUUAAGAACAUUGAUUUUUUUUAUCGAAAAUACUUAUUCGAAAUAAAUAUUCAAAGCCUUAUAUACAUUAUUUUGGUUAAGUUUAAGCAGAUUAAAAUGCGCCGCAUUGAAUAAAGUAGAUAGGUAGGUACGUGUUAUCAAUUAAAAAUAUUGUUAUUUUAAAAUAAAUGUCAUAUGUCUUUCUAAGGAAUUUAGUCAAGUUUAGUAAAUAGUAAAAGUUAAAUAGGUGCAUUACAGGACCAUUCUAGAAAAUACAUUUUAUACUCAAUAAUUACCUAUGUUGUGUGCCUUUUUAAGAUUGUCGAAAUGUCUUUAUGUUGAACCUAAAGAAUCGUACUGAGAGCAGUUUAUACAUUUUAAAUACGAUUUAUUACUUAAGUUGUGUGUCUUCUAAGAUUGUUGAAAUGCCUACAUGUUUAAUCUUGUGAAACAUUGCUGAAUCACACUCAAAGCAGUUUUAUUGCCAUACUAAAAAAUACAUUUUAAAUAGAUUUAUUACUUAAGUUGUGUGUCUUCUAAGAUUGUUGAAAUGCCUACAUGUUUAAUCUUGUAAAACAUUGCUGAAUCAUACUGAAAGCAUUUUUUUACCAUUGUAGAAAAUACAUUUUAAAUAGAUUUAUUACUUAAGUUGUGUGUCUUCUAAGAUUGUUGAAAUGCUUACAUGUUUAAUCUUGUGAAACAUUGCUCAAUCGUACUGAAAGCAGUUUUAUUGCCAUACUAGAAAAUACAUUUUAAAUAGAUUUAUUACUUAAGUUGUGUGUCUUCUAAGAUUGUUGAAAUGCCUACAUGUUUAAUCUUGUAAAACAUUGCUGAAUCAUACUGAAAGCAUUUUUUUACCAUUGUAGAAAAUACAUUUUAAAUAGAUUUAUUACUUAAGUUGUGUGUCUUCUAAGAUUGUUGAAAUGCCUACAUGUUUAAUCUUGUAAAACAUUGCUGAAUCAUACUAAAAGCAUUUUUUUACCAUUGUAGAAAAUACAUUUUAAAUAGAUUUAUUACUUAAGUUGUGUGUCUUCUAAGAUUGUUGAAAUGCCUACAUGUUUAAUCUUGUAAAACAUUGCUGAAUCAUACUGAAAGCAUUUUUUACCAUUGUAGAAAAUACAUUUUAAAUAGAUUUAUUACUUAAGUUGUGUGUCUUCUAAGAUUGUUGAAAUGCCUACAUGUUUAAUCUUGUAAAACAUUGCUGAAUCAUACUGAAAGCAUUUUUUUACCAUUGUAGAAAAUACAUUUUAAAUAGAUUUAUUACUUAAGUUGUGUGUCUUCUAAGAUUGUUGAAAUGCCUACAUGUUUAAUCUUGUGAAACAUUGCUGAAUCGUACUGAAAGCAUUUUUUUUUACCAUUGUAGAAAAUACAUUUUAAAUACGAUUUAUUAAUUAAGUUGUGUGUCUUCUAAGAUUGUUGAAAUGCCUACGUGUAUAAUCUUGUGAAACAUUGCUGAAUCGUACUGAAAGCAGUUUUUUUACUAUUCUAGAAAAUACAUUUUAUAUACGAUUUAUUACUCAAGUUGUGUGUCUUCUAAGAUUGUUGAAAUGCCUACACGUUGAACCUUGUGAAACAUUACUGAAUCAUACUGAAAGCAUUUUUUUUUUUUACCAUUGUAGAAAAUACAUUUUAAAUAGAUUUAUUACUAAAGUUGUGUGCCUUCUAAGAUUGUUAAAAUCCUUUAAGUUGAACCAUACAUAUGAUACAUUGCUGAAUCAUAAUGAAAACAGUUUUUUACUAUUUUAGAAAAUAUAUUUUAAAUACGA